UUUGGGAGACACUAUUCAACCUCAUACAGUCAUGGACUGCAGUAUUCAAGAAAAAAUAGAUUUAGAAAUUCGAAUGCGACAAGGAAUAUGGAAACUCCUUUCUCUGAGCACUCAGAAAGACCAGAUUUUACAUGCAGUAAAAAAUCUCAUGGUGUGCAAUGCUCGAAUAAUGGCUUACACAUCGGAACUACAGAAAUUAGAAGAGCAGAUUGCAAGUCAAAGUGGAAGAUGUGAUGUGAAUUUUGAAAGUAAAGAACGAACAGCAUGUAAAGGAAAGCUUGCCAUAUCAGAUAUUCGAAUACCACUAAUGUGGAAAGACUCUGAUCACUUCAGCAAUAAAGAACAAUCACAGCGCUAUGCCAUUUUUUGUUUAUUCAAAAUGGGAGCUGAAGUUUUUGAUACUGACAUGGUAAUUGUGGAUAAAACAAUCACAGAUAUAUGUUUUGAAAAUGUAACCAUAUUUAAUGAAGCAAGGCCAGACUUUCAGAUAAAGGUGGAAGUAUAUAGUUGCUGUACAGAAGAAUCUUCCAUAGCUAACACACCCAAAAAAUUGGCUAAGAAACUGAAGACAUCUAUAAGUAAAGCUACAGGGAAGAAAAUACAUUCAGUGCUUCAAGAAGAUCAUGAAACAUGUUUGUCCUUCGGUUCUGCUAUUUCUGGUGCAAAGUAUAAUUUGCUAGCUCAUACUACACUGACCUUGGAAAGUGCUGACAAUAAUUUCAAGACCCAUAAUCUGUCUAUUAAUGGAAAUGAGGAAUCUUCAUUUUGGCUGCCCUUAUUUGGCAACAUGUGCUGCCGAUUAGUUGCCCAGCCAGCUUGUAUGGCUGAGGAUGCAUUUGCAGGAUUUCUUAAUCAGCAGCAAACAUUAGAAGGACUGAUUAGUUGGAGAAGGUUGUAUUGUGUUUUGAGAGGAGGUAAACUCCAUUGUUUUUACACUCCAGAAGAAAUUGAAGCUAAAGUGGAACCAGCUUUGGUAGUGCCCAUUAACAAGGAGACCAGAAUUCGGGCAAUGGAGAAUACCAAGAAAAGAAUUUAUAAUUUCUCUGUCAUCAACCCUGUUGCUGGACAGGCUGUAGCUCAUAUUUUUGCAGCUGACAAUAAAGAAGAUCUUCAGAAGUGGAUGGAAGCCUUCUGGCAGCAUUUCUUUGAUCUCAGCCAAUGGAAGCAUUGUUGUGAAGAACUUAUGAAAAUUGAGAUUAUGUCACCACGGAAACCACCUUUGUUCUUGACAAAAGAGGCGACCUCAGUCUACCAUGAUCUGAGUAUUGAUUCACCUAUAAAACUUGAAAGUGUAACUGACAUAAUACAAAAAAAAAUUGAAGAGACAAAUGGAGAGUUCCUUAUUGGUCAGCAUGAAGAACCCUCACCACCUCCUUGGGCCACACUCUUUGAUGGUAACCAUCACGUGGUCAUCCAGAAAAAGAUACUAUCUCCUGAAAGCAAGCAGUUACCUGACGGAAAAGGGAAAAAGAGACGGGCUCCCCUUCCUCCUUCUGAUAAAGCUCCUUUCAGCUUCAAAACACAGAGCAACACAGAGCAAUUGGUUAAGGAAAACGGGGGGAAAACCAGUGUAUCUCAGACCUCUUCUUUGGAUACCAAAUUAUCAACCCUAAUGCAUCCCUUGCAGAAACCAAUGGCUGCUCCUCGAAAACUUCUUCCUGCCUGGAAAAACAGUUUCACUGAUGGGGAAAGCACAGACUCUAAAACCAGUUUUGAAGCAAAGCCAGUGCCACCUCCAAGGCAGAAAUCUAUCAAAGACAUUUUGGACCCUAGAUCCUGGUUGCAGGCUCAAGUAUAGAAAAUCCUUAAUGUAUAAAACAUUAACAAAAUGUGUAACUGUGAGGUUUGAUUCAGAAGCGCUGUAGAUGGAGUAAUAUGAAAUUAUGUAGGUAAUUAAGAUGGUGGUUUAAAUCAAUAAUGAAUAAGCUAUUAGGUAUAAAAUGUU